CCCUUCCUUAGCCUGCCGACGUGUCAUCCCACCUGCCCAUUACGGGUUCAUCAAAACAAAACGUAUAAUCCACCAGACUACGACGACGCCACACUCGUUAACUCGCACACAACGUGUCAGAUCUCUCCCUCUCUCUCUCUCUGGUUUUUUUCUUUUUUUUUGGAGGAAAGAUAAUAAAAAAGACAGAAAUACAGGAAGCAGAGACAAGGAGAAAUGUCGGAAGCAAAAGACCCUGCGAUCAAGCUCUUCGGGAAGACGAUCCCGGUGCCUGAGAUCCCAACCAACGGGUCCAUAGACUCUUCCGGAGCUCCAGCUCCGUCGUCGGUUCCUGUGGUUGACGAUAAUAUCGAUCAGGACCGUGCCUGUUCGACCAACUCUUCGCCGGAGGCCAAUACGGACAGAGAUGGAGAAGAGCGAGCGGCUGAGAAGGAUGUAUUGGGAGAAAAACCAUCUGGGAAUAAGCAGGAAGGCCCUGGUUCUCCUGUAUCUUCAGAAGAAUUAACAAAUCCAGAUGUAACCUCAGGAAUAAGUGAGAACUCUAAAACACUCCCUGUUGAGAAGGAGAGUGCUACCUUAAAACCUUCAAAGAGUGAAGAAGAACGUAGCGAUUCUAGUAAUUCACAAGAAAAACCCUUGAAGAAGCCUGACAAGAUACUUCCAUGCCCCCGCUGCAGUAGCAUGGACACCAAGUUCUGUUACUACAAUAAUUACAAUGUCAACCAACCUCGGCACUUCUGCAAGAACUGCCAGAGAUACUGGACAGCUGGCGGGACAAUGAGGAAUGUUCCUGUGGGUGCGGGUCGUCGCAAGAACAAGAAUGCUGCUUCUCACUACCGCCACAUAAAUGUCUCUGAAGCUCUCCAGAAUGCUCAAACUGAUCUUCCAAAUGGAGUCCACCAUCCAUCAUUGAGACCUGAUGGUACUGUCCUCACGUUUGGCUCAGACACACCCCUUUGUGAAUCAAUGGCUUCUGUGUUGAACCUUGCUGAUAAAACAAUGAGGAACUGCAAACAAAAUGGGUUUCAUAGACCUGAAGAGCUAAGGAUUCCGGUUUCUUAUGGUGGUGGAGAAAAUGGAGAUGAUCCUUCAAAUGGAGCUUCGGUCUCAACUUCAAAUUCAACUGAUGAGCCUGGCAAAACUGGAUCGCAAGAGCAAGCAAUGAGGAUUUGUCAGGGGUUCCCACCUCAAAUUCCUUGCUUUCCUGGGGCUCCUUGGCCAUAUCCAUGGAACUCAACUCAGUGGAGUUCCCCCAUACCACCUCCUGCUUUCUGCCCGCCAGGCUUUCCUAUGCCGUUCUAUCCUGCUGCAGCUUAUUGGGGGUGUACUGUACCAGGCGCUUGGAGCAUGCCAUGGCUUCCUCAGCCAACAUCUCCAACCCCAAACUCUGGUCCAAACUCUCCAACCUUGGGGAAACACUCGAGAGAUGAGAAUGUUCUUAAAUCAAGCAACUCUGGGGAGGGGGAACCGCUAAAAGAAAACAAUACCGAGAGAUGCCUUUGGAUUCCAAAGACAUUGAGGAUUGAUGACCCAGGAGAAGCUGCAAAAAGCUCUAUAUGGGCGACACUGGGAAUUAAGAAUGAUAAGGCUAAUUCGAUUAGUGGAGGAGGACUCUUUAAGGCAUUCCAAUCAAAGAGUGACAAAAAGAAUAACAUAGCCGAAGCCUCACCGGUCUUACAAGCCAAUCCGGCAGCAUUAUCCAGGUCACUCAACUUCCACGAGAGCUCGUGAACAGGUGGCCUACAAUUCUGUAAACAGUUUAUGGUGGUGCAGGUAGAGUGGUGGUGUUCAACCGGUGCAUUCAAAGUGCCAUUAAUUUUGUAUGUCAUGGGAUCAUUAUGAGUUCAGCGGCCCCAUCCUAAGAAUCUAAAACCAGUCCAAAUUACGAAGAGCAGAGGAGGAUUAUAUAUCCUACCACAUCCACUUUAUGAGAAGAUAGCCACUUCAAUUUAGUCGUAGGAACUGUUUCAUGUUUUCUGUAAGAUGUUUUGCUGAGUUCAUGUACAUAUUUCUAGAUGAAAUAGUAAGCGCUAGAACAAAGUGAUGUGUGCCAAAAUCCCCAUAUGUGCUUAAAUAAAUUUGGGAAUUUGUUUCGA